UCUAUCCAACAAAAAUUCCUCCAACGCAAAAUCACUUAUUACUAUCGAUAAUAAACUGUUGAUGAACGAAUUUCUUUCAUCUCUUUCUGCAAAAGAAUAACAAUUUUUUACUGGGGGAAUAAAUAACACUAUUGUUCAAUGGAGAGGUGGGGAACGUAGUUGCUUAUAAAAGUCGAGUCAGCUCGGCUCAAGUGGAAACAGUCGCCGUAUAGUGCCAAUGAAUAGAAACAUCGUCUUGAAGAAAUUCAUCCCAGUUUUUUGUGUGGAAAAUUUAUUGAAUUGAUCAACAAGUGAAGGAUGAAUGUCGAGGAAUUUCGAGUUAGAGGGAAAGAGAUGAUCGAGUAUAUUUGUGAUUAUCUGAGAACACUGGAGGGAAAGAGAGUCACUGCCAAUGUGGAUCCGGGCUAUUUGAGACCUCUACUUCCUAAGGAAGCUCCGAGCAAGCCGGAAUCCUGGGAUGACAUCAUGAGAGACGUAGAGAGCAAGAUUAUGCCGGGGAUAACCCACUGGCAGCACCCGCGCUUUCACGCAUAUUUCCCAUCAGGAAACUCAUUCCCCUCGAUCCUGGGGGACAUGCUGUCAGACGCCAUUGGCUGUAUAGGCUUUUCUUGGGCAGCAAGUCCAGCGUGCACAGAACUGGAGACAAUCGUUCUAGAUUGGUACGCAAAAGCUCUCAAUCUGCCUUCAAUAUUUCUGUCGGAGCCCCACAAUUCAAAGGGGGGAGGAGUGAUUCAGGGCUCAGCAUCGGAAUGCAUUUUGGUGACAAUGCUGGCAGCCAGAGCCCACGCAAUAAAGCUUUUGAAGGCCAAAGAGCCGUUGACAGAGGACUCGGCAUUUCUCCCAAGAUUGGUAGCCUACUGCUCGAUGGAGGCGCAUUCGUGCGUCGAAAAGGCAGCGAUGAUAUGCCUGGUGAAGCUACGAGUCCUGGUGCCAGACGACAAGUGCUCGCUGAGAGGAGCCGCACUGGAGGCCGCCGUUGAUGAAGAUCUCAGUCACGGUCUUGUGCCAUUCUUCGUCUCCACGACAUUGGGCUCCACCGGCUGCUGCUCCUUCGACAAUCUCGAGGAGAUCGGCCCCAUCGCUCGACGGAAACGGAUCUGGCUCCACGUCGACGGUGCCUACGCUGGCAACUCUUUCAUCUGUCCUGAGCUUCGUUAUCUCAUGAAUGGAAUAGAAUACGCUGACUCAUUCAAUACAAAUCCAAACAAAUGGCUGCUCGUCAAUUUCGAUUGCUCUUGUCUGUGGGUACGUGACAGAGUGAAAUUAACGUCAGCACUUGUUGUUGAUCCUCUUUAUCUCCAGCAUGCCAAUGCAUCCGAGUCGAUUGACUAUCGUCACUGGGGCAUUCCACUGAGCCGAAGAUUCCGAGCCCUCAAACUGUGGUUUGUCAUGCGGACUUACGGCAUCAGUGGCUUGCAGAAGUACAUCAGAAACCACAUAAGAUUGGCGUGCAGAUUCGAGAGAAUUAUGAGGAAGAAAAAAAAAUUUGAAGUUAUGAAUGAAGUGAAGGUCGGACUGGUGUGCUUCAGGCUGAGAGAGAGUGAUGAAUUGAAUCAAGAGCUCUUGGCUAAUAUCAAUGCCUCGGGCAAGCUUCACAUGAUUCCCUCGAGGAUGAGGGGCAAGUACAUAAUUAGGUUCUGCGUUACCAAGGAGAACGCUAAUGAGGACGAUAUUGACUUUGCCCUGGAGAUAAUCGAGGAGCACGCGACCGAGGUGUUGCUCACUCACAAUGACGGCGGUGACGGCGAACUUAUGGCCAAGAGCCCCAAGAGUCCGGCGCCCCUCGACAAGAAGCUCGUCAGAAAGUUCAGCUUCACCAGAAGUGUCACCAGAGAUGUUUACAAAAGAACCAAAUCCAAAUCUGCUCUGCAUGAUGGUGCAACACCCAUAAUGGUUGUUGAGGAUGGCAAUUCGCAGAUUGAUAAUGUUGAGGAUGAAGCUAUACGGUGCAGCAGUCGGUAGAACGCGA